AUGAACUUGUACUCAAAUUAUUCUGCCAACAAGCUAGAAAAACAAAUUUACAAUCCUCUGGAGGAAGAGAAAACAAUCUUCGAACUCUGGACAAAACAAAAAGCAAAUGAAAAAAUACGAGAGAUUCGAGGAAGGGAAAACAAUGGAACAUUUAAGAUUUUGAAUGGCCCACCUUUCCCAACGGGGUCACCGCACAGUGGUCACAUUGUCAAUGUUCUUAUGAAGGACGUAUUCACUAGGUAUGCCUAUCAAAAGAAUCUGAAUGUGGUGAGUAGUUUUGGCUGGGACUGUCAUGGACUGCCAGUGGAACAUGAAGUCGACAAGAGGCUCGACAUCAAGGAGCCUCAAGAUCUGUACCGUAUUGGAGUGUCGGACUAUAAUGAAGAGUGUCGGAAGUUUGUGCAACGACACGAAUCCGAUUGGAAGAACAACUUGGAUCGAAUCGGAAUAGCGGCGGAUUUGACUGCAGCCUAUUCAACAAUGAGUCGAGAUUCAAUGGAAGGCGUGUGGGGAGUGUUUAAGAAACUCUUCGAUUUGGGAUUGGUCUACAAGGACACAAAGAUACUGCCCUAUUCCACCGGCUGUUUCACUCACUUGUCCCACUUCGAAGCAGAACAGAAUUCGAAGAUGCGACACGAAGUUGCUGCAAUAGUUGGUCUUAGAAUUGUAGAGUCUGAUGUGAGACUCUUAAUUUGGACAGAUUCUCCUUGGAAGUUGGCAGCAAACUUUGCUGUUUGUGUAAACCCAACUUCGGUGUAUGUUAAGAUUAAAAUGGCUGCAAAUGAUCAAAUAUAUAUUUUAUCUCGGAACCGACUACAUUCGAUUUUUCCAAAUUCGAAGGACUUUUCGAUAGUAGAAGAAAUUGAAGGUAAGCGCAUUGCAGACUUGAAAUAUCACCCCCUAUUCGACUAUCUGCCAGGAAGCCUUACCGUUCUCAAAGACGCAAGUAUUCACGAAAAAGAAGGUACAGGCAUAGUAGCGCUGUGUCCUCAUUUCAAUGAAAAUGAAUAUAGGAUUUGUUUUGAGAACGGCUUGUCGCCCGAUGAGACACUUUGCCCAUUAGACAGAAGUGGACGGUUUACUCAAAGGAUUUUAGAACUGGCUGGACUAACGAUUGAAGAAGCAAGUUUGUCAGUUAUUCAGAGGCUUCAGAAAAGCGGACUGUUGGUGCAUGUUGAGAAUAUUGAAAGAAGGAGGCAACACUGUUGGCGAUCGGAUGUUCCACUGAUAGAAAAAGUAACAACAAGUUGGUUCCUAAAGGUGGAAAGCCUAAGGACGAAGCUCAAAGCAAAUAACUCGGAAAUUAAUUGGGUUCCUAGCUCAUAUAAGGGACUAAUGGAUAAUCAAUUUGAUAAGCUGAAAGAUUGGCCAAUUGGGCGCCAUAGGCAUUGGGGAACUCCAAUUCCUAUAUGGUCAUCGCCUUCCGGAGAUGAAAUUGUCUGCGUUGGUAGUGUAGAAGAGUUGUUGCAACUGACCAACAUCAAAGAGAUAUCGGACUUGCAUAAGGAGUGUCUAGACAAGUUGCUUAUUCCAUCUAAGGUACCUGGAAAUCCACCUUUACGUAGAGUUUCUGAAGUAUUCGAUUGUUGGUUUGAAUCUGGUUCAGUGCCAAUUCUUCAGCAUAACAUAAAGGAUCAAGUGGAGUUAAUGGUUGAGGGAAAAGAUCAAAUCAGUGGUUGGUUUCUGACUGCAUCAAUACUUUCAGCAGCACUUUCUUUACCGGCUCUAUCAAAAACUAUUGUUGUCCACGGACUGGUUCAUAGCAUCGAUGAAAUGAAGCUUUCGAAAAGGAAACACAAUCACAACGAUGCAAUUAAGAUAGCAGAGAAAUACGGAAUCGAUGCCCUUAGAUUGUACUUGCUAAGUUCGCCAUUAGUUGUAGGAGAACCUUUAGUGCUGCAGGAGAGCGAUGUUGGAAUAUUCAAUAAAAAAAUAUUUCAACCAUUUUACAAAAUGGUCUAUGACCUUAUGCCUCUUCUAGGAAAACAAGGCUAUGUUACAUAUGGAAUUUUCAGCGAAGCAAGUAAGUAUGAGGAUAUUUUCGAGCAAUGGAUCCUUGGACACACAGAAUCCUUGGUCCAAUUCUAUGAAAGUGAAUUGAAAGCGCAUCGUCUAAAUUUAGUUAUUCCACGUCUCAUUGCACUUUUAGAAGAGUUUCAUAAGUGGUUCAUUCCAGCUAUAAGAAUCAUUAACAAACCUGAUCGUGGAUUUAUCGUUUUCAAUGUCAUCUACAAAACACUCCUGGUGUUGGCCCCUUUUGCUCCAGUCUUCACCGAAUAUAUUUAUCAAAUAAUAAAACCAUGGACUGUGGAGAAAGAUUGUGUACUUGAUGUUCAACUCACUAAAAAGAGUGAUAAAUUCAUUCGCCCUCACUUGGACCUUCGAAUUUCUCGAUGGCAAGCAGUUAUAGAAAUGACGUGGGAGGCGAGGAAAAAACAUGUCAUUCUCAACGGUUAUAGAAUAAGUGAGUUGAUAGUCGUCCAUGCAUUGGAAAAAUACUUAGCAGAUACAGAGUACUUAGAUGAAACUUUAACCAAAUAUGUAAAUGUCCAACAAUUGACAAGGACUACAGAUCAUGCUCAAUUCGGUAUACGCCUCAGGGCUAAGUUAAAAAGGGAUUCUCCUCUGCACCAAACUCUCAAUGCUGCUGAAUUGAAAAAAGUCGAUAUAGCAGUUCAGAAGCUUAACGACAUAGAAGUGGGAGAACUAAUUCGUGUAGGAUCUCAUGAAGUUCUCGAACACUAUAUUUCCCUCGACGAUGUAAGGAUAUCACAUGUUUUUGAACAUGAAUUUGAUGAAAAGACCAUCGUAAUAUGCAGAGAUGAGGUGUGCGUUGUAGUUAAAAUGAACAAGAACUUGGCUUAUUAUGAGGAAGGAACACGCAUCGAGUUAAUGAGUAGUAUUCGAAAGUUUCGUAAGAAGGCUAAUGUGUUUUCAAGUGAAUUUCUAAGGGUUUGUUAUCUAACUGAAGAUGUAUGCAUGAAGAGCGCAUUCGAGAAGUUCUCCGAAGAACUAAGAAAAACAACUCAUUCCGAAAUAAUGUCAAUCGAUGACGCUCGUGGUUACAGUGAAGAGGAAAUACAUCAUCAAGAAACUGUCAACAUUAAAGGUGUACCUGUGAUUUUGUAUUUGUUUAAAAAGAAAGGCGAACAAUAA